GACAUACCAUCUGGCUGAGCCUGUGUCCAUUGUCCAUUCCAAAAGCCAGAAGUUGCUUGAGAUUUCAACGAUGUCUCACCCGUCUUGGCUGCCACCCAAAAGCACUGGUGAGCCUCUUGGCCACGUUCCUGCACGGAUGGAGACCACCCAUUCUUUUGGGACCCCCAGUAUUUCAGUGUCGACGCAACAGCCACCCAAGAAGUUUGCGCCAGUAGUUGCUCCAAAACCCAAGUACAAUCCAUACAAGCCGCCUGGAGGAGAGAGUGACUUUCUCCCGCCCCCACCUCCACCCUUAGAUGACCCUGGAACCCUUCCACCUGGACCUGGAAACUUCCCUCCACCUCCACCACUGGAUGAAGGCACUUUCAAAGUGCAGCAGGGAAAUCCUGGAGGCAAGACCCUGGAGGAAAGGCGGUCCAGUCUGGAUGCCGAGAUCGAUUCCUUGACCAGCAUUCUGGCUGAUCUGGAGUGCAGCUCACCCUACAAGCCUCGGCCCCCACAGGGUUCCACUAGUGCAACAGCCUCUCCUGCAGUCUCUACUCCUGUCACCGGGCAUAAGAGAAUGGUCAUUCCAAACCAGCCCCCUCUCACGGCAACCAAGAAGUCUGCGAUGAAACCACAGCCUGCACCCCAGGCUGCACCCAUACCAGUGGCUCCCAUCGGAACUCUCAAACCACAGCCUCAACCAGUUCCAGCCUCCUACACUACAGCAUCCACACCUUCAAGGCCCACCUUCAAUGUGCAAGUGAAGUCAGCCCAGCCCAGCCCACAUUACAUGGCUGCCCCAUCCAUCGGACAAAUGUAUGGUCCAGGACAUCAUGGCUAUAACACCCAGCAAGUUCCUCUGUCAACACAGUGUCCUCCUCCUUCUACUCGUGCUGGCACCGACUAUGCAUACAAUCCACCCCCAGCACAUCAGCUUGAGCCUGGAUAUGGGUAUGCCCCCAACCAAGGGCGCUAUUAUGAAUCCUAUUAUGCUGGGGGGCCUGGCUAUGGGGGAAGAAAUGAAGCUGAGCCUUCUUAUGGGCAGCAAGCUCACCCAAAUACCUGGAAGCGGGAACCUGGGUACGCUGCUCCUGGAGCCGGAAAUCAGAACCCUCCUGGGAUAUAUCCAGUCAGUGGUCCCAAGAAGACCUAUAUCACAGACCCUGUGACAGCCCCCAGUGUACCACCACUGCAGCCAAAGGGUGGACACCCUGGGCCUUUGGGGACUCCUUCUGUUCCCCCAUCAUUCCGGCCGGAAGAUGAGCUCGAGCACCUGACCAAGAAGAUGCUGUAUGACAUGGAAAAUCCCCCUGCUGAUGACUACUUUGGCCGCUGUGCUCGCUGUGGGGAAAAUGUGGUUGGAGAAGGGACUGGAUGCACCGCCAUGGAUCAAGUCUUCCAUGUGGAUUGUUUCACCUGCAUUGUCUGUAACAACAAACUCCGAGGACAGCCUUUCUAUGCCGUGGAGAAGAAGGCAUACUGUGAGCCCUGCUACAUUAAUACGCUGGAACAGUGCAGUGUGUGUUCCAAGCCCAUCAUGGAGCGCAUCCUCCGUGCCACUGGCAAGGCCUACCAUCCUCACUGCUUCACCUGUGUGAUGUGCCACCGCAGCCUGGAUGGCAUCCCAUUUACCGUAGAUGCCUGCGGCCUCAUUCAUUGCAUCGAGGACUUCCACAAGAAAUUUGCCCCACGCUGUUCUGUGUGCAAGGAGCCUAUCAUGCCUGCCCCAGGCCAGGAGGAGACCGUCCGCAUCGUGGCUCUGGAUCGUGAUUUCCACGUGCACUGCUACCGCUGUGAGGACUGCGGCGGUCUUCUGUCUGAAGGAGACAACCAAGGCUGCUACCCCUUGGAUGGACACAUCCUCUGCAAGACCUGCAACUCAGCCCGCAUCAGGGUGUUGACCGCCAAGGCAAGCACUGACCUGUAGAGUCAGUCGUCCGCUUAGCAGCUGAGUGUGUGCACUGAGAAGAAUGAACCACAAGAAAAAGAUAAGAGAAGAAAUAGAAAAAUAGAGGCAAAGCUCUCAACCU